ACAGAAUGCUUCGUUGUCGAUCAUUUCUAAGCCUACAACGGCGCACCUUUUGUGCCAACAGUAUCAAGAUGAAUUCCGUUGGCAAUUGGUCCCUCCAAAUGCCGGGCUUCAAUCUGCCCCUGAAUCACGCUCCGGACGCAAAUGUGCUUACGGAGGAUAUCUGGGGGUUUCCGAGUGCGCUGGACCCGGCACAUAUUGCAUUUGGUUCUCUUAACCAGCUUGUUACUAAGAGGGAGAUUAUCAUGAUGCAAAUUAUGAAUGUUAUUACUGAUAAACCGGAAUGGGAGCGGAAGGUUUUCGAUGAGCAUAUCAUUGCCAAGUGGCGUGAGGAGGUUGCUCAGAGUGGACACGAUGCCACGCCCAAGAUGAUGGAUUGGAUUGUCAAAGAGUUGCAGUGGAAGGCUGGGAUUUUGGAGGAAUCCGGGUUUGUGGAAGUUUUUGAUGGCGGAGUCGUCAAAUCUGAUACCGUCAUUUCGAAGGAGUUACAGGAUGCGCUUAAAGAAGUGGUUGUCCCCUUUGAAAACGUUCCCGAGGAAGAGAGGGAUUAUCAUCCGGGAUCGGAUAACAAGGUGGUCAAUCUGGUCCAUCCAUCGCUUUUCCCGGUGAUUUAUGGACGCACGCAUGUUCUUCCGGACCGGGCGAUUGGCCUGGAUGAUUGUAUCGACAGCAUGGGUAAAGGCCAGUGGCUUCCCAGGCCAAAAGAAGAGGAGGCUAUUCCAGACAAACAUCCUUACGAAUAUCGAAAUCAGCCGCAUCCGCCUGUUUUGAGUACCAAGUUCCAGUGGUUGCCCUGUGAUGUGAAGAUCACCGAAGACGGUGGGUGUCAGAUUCUGUCUUACAUCAAUAAUGCUCACCCGGUCAAGCACCGCGCGCUAUAUGAUGUCGUUGAGAAGAUUCUCGCCCAGACAAUACCUUUGUGGGAACAAUCUUUGAGCGAGAAAGAAUACAAUACCAAUCGAAUCAAAUAUACCGGACAAGUUGAGUACGAGGACGAUGGCUCGACUGAACCGCAAUUCCCCGAGGGAGAUGAUGUCGAGGUUGAGGAUGAGGACAAAUAUGGGGAGAUUUUGGCUGCUUGGUACACUUCUCGGAAGAUUGUCAAGCCUGAGCCGGGAGAAUUCAAGGUCAGAGAGAUAACAAAGGCGAAUUUUUUGAAACAUUUCCCCGAGGGGAAAAUACAGGUUAUCGUGAAACUGGCAAACAUCGAGUUGGCGCCUGAGAAGCCCGCGUAUGAAGGAGGGUCCUGGCACAUUGAAGGGCAAUUGAACGAACGCAUCGCUGCAUCAGCAAUCUACUACUACGACUCCGAGAACAUUACACCCAACUCCCUAGCAUUCCGCCAUCGAGGCAUGAACGAUAUGGACGACAUCUCCUACGAACAAGAUCGACACGACUUCGUGCAACAAGUAUACGGCUACCACGAAGACCUCGACAAUUACAAUGAUGACUUGAUCACGCAAGAACUGGGCAGCGUGGUCACCAAAGAAGGCCGUAUUAUAACAUUCCCCAACACACUCCAGCAUCAAGUCUCUCCAUUCUCCCUGGCCGAUGCAUCAAAACCCGGCCACCGGAAGAUCCUGGCACUAUUCCUCGUUGAUCCGCAUACGCGAAUUAUCUCAUCUGCGAAUGUACCGCCGCAACGCGAGGAUUGGAGACCAGCCACGAAUAGCGGAGAAAUUGUGAAUACGAUUACCAUGGAGGAAGCCAAGGCUUAUCGGGUUGAGCUUAUGAAAGAGCGUGGCCUCAAGGCUGAAGAAAGUAAUGCUCUAUUUGAGAUGGGUCAUUUCCAUCUCUGCGAACAUUAA